GGGGGGGGGGGGAGGGGUCACGUGACGACUCCGAGGCCGUGGCAGUUGCUGUCAGCUGAUCCCUUGGGCUCGGAGGGGCAGCGGUGGCGACCAUGGACUUUCUCCUGGGGAACCCGUUCAGCUCCCCUGUGGGGCAGCGCAUCGAACGAGCCACUGAUGGAUCCCUGCCCAGCGAGGACUGGUCCCUCAACAUGGAGAUCUGUGACAUCAUCAAUGAGACUGAGGAGGGCCCCAAAGAUGCCUUACGUGCCCUGAAGAAGAGGAUCAUGGGCAAUAAAAACUUCCACGAGGUGAUGCUGGCGCUCACGGUCUUGGAAACCUGCGUUAAAAACUGUGGCCACCGCUUCCACGUCCUCGUGGCCAGCCAGGAUUUCGUGGAAGGGGUCCUGGUGAGGACCAUCUUGCCAAAGAACAACCCCCCCACCACUGUCCAUGACAAGGUUCUGAUGCUCAUCCAGUCCUGGGCAGACGCCUUCCGAAGCUCACCUGACCUGACGGGAGUCGUGGCUGUCUAUGAAGACCUCAGGAGGAAGGGCCUGGAGUUUCCCAUGACAGACCUGGACAUGUUGUCCCCCAUCCACACGCCUCAGAGGUCCGUGUAUGGCUCCGAGCCCCUACCAGGACAGAAUUCAUCAGUAACACAGUCCAGCCAGCGCAUAAACUCCUCGCAGCAAGCCGUGCCCCUGCCAAACGUGCCAUCCGCCCCCGAUGAUGUGCCUGUGACGCCAACGCCAGAGCAGAUUGGGAAACUCCGCACUGAGCUGGAGGUGGUGAAUGGGAACGUGAAGGUGAUGUCUGAGAUGCUGACUGAGCUGGUCCCCGGGCGGGCCGAGCCCUCAGACCUGGAGCUGCUUCAGGAGCUGAACCGGACAUGCCGAGCUAUGCAGCAGCGAGUCCUUGAGCUGAUCCCUCGGGUCCUCAACGAGCAGCUGACCGAGGAGCUGCUCAUCGUCAACGACAACCUCAACAAUGUGUUCCUGCGCCAUGAACGGUUUGAGCGGUUCCGAACAGGCCAGCAUAAUAAGGUCCCAAGUGAAGUGGAGCCAGCGACCAAUCUGAUUGACCUCAGCAGUGCCGGUCCUGCCCCCUCUGGGCCCCAGCCUGAAGCCCCCAGGACCCUCUCCUCCCAGCUCGCCGGGAUGAACCUUGGCACUGGCAGUGUCAGUGCCACACUGCAGUCUCUGAACACCUCAGGAAAACUGGAAGACGAGUUUGACAUGUUCGCCUUGACCCGGGGGAGCUCACUGGCGGAUCAGCGGAAGGAAGUCAAGUACGAAGCCCCCCAGGCUAAGGACGGGCUGGCAGGAGCCCUGGAUGCCCGGCAGCAAAGCACUGGAGCGAUCCCAGUCACUCAGGCCUCCCUCAUGGAGGACAUCGAGCAGUGGCUUUCCACCGAUGUGGGAAACGAAGCGGAGGAUGCCAAAGGGGUCACCAGCGAAGAAUUUGACAAAUUCCUGGAAGAACGGGCCAAGGCUGCCGAGAGGCUCCCCACCCUCCCCAGCCCUCCAGAAGGAUCACCCAGCUCUGCGCCCCAGAAGAAGAAGGACAAGGAUGAUGACUCCCUCUUUGCCUUGUGAGCCCUAGGUUCGAGGGCACUGCACCUUGGGGGACUGGAGGCCCCUUUCCUUUUACCUGCUAGGCUGGGGCCAGGACAGGGAGGUCCCUCUGGGCCUCCUCUCCAGCCUCAGCGAUUAGGCUGCUUUGGGGUGGUUUGUUAGCUUUUAUCCCAAGAGGUAAUGUGGGCUGGGCCAGAACUUGGCAAAACUUUGUAGAGGACAUCAGCUGCGUCGAGGGGGCCAGGGGCUGGGGUGGGUGGCCCAGUAUCAGGGGACAGUCUGGCCUCUUCCCUCCCCUCCCCCUCCAACCACUACCUCUGCUGAGUGUUUGUGGCAUAAUUAGAUGCCCCCCUGCUAUUUCCCAUAGUUUCCACCUCUAGGCUGACUGCUUCUGUCGACCUCCUGUGGUCCCCUUCUCUCUCAGGGCAUCUCUCUUCCACGUACCUCUCCCCAGGGUGGCCUCCUCUGCCCACCCGACCCUUAGCUUCAGUUCUCAAUCCUGUCUGAGGAUCCCAAUCUCAGCUCACCCUCAAGGAUGGGCAGGCGGCAUUGUCCCCCAAGCAUCCCUGUCAGGUUUAUGAUGCUUCUCCAAGAUCCAGCCCUUGGACAAUCAGUUCCCCUUCCUGCCGGCCCCAGGAAUGCUGCACACAGUUCCAAUUCCUCACUUCCCAGGCCAGGCCCUCAGUCCACAGAAGGAGAAGGGCCCCCGGGGGCCCCUUUCUAGCUGCACAAAGGCCAGGUACCAGAGCACACAAGUGAGGGCUGAGGCUCCGCUGGCACCGGGGGUCUCUGCAGAGCAAGCGCACUUUCAGGGGUGAGUCUGGGCUCCCCUUGGCCCCAGGCCAGGUCUACAGCUGUGCCUUAGAGCUGCCUGCUCAUGACACCCACUCCACCUACCCCUGUCCCCCUCUUCCUAGGGAAGAGGCAAGGCCCCACCACCAGGCAGCCUCUCCAGCAACCAAGAACACACAUGCGGGAAGAAAUGAGGAUCUAGCUGGGCCAGACCAACUCAGAGAUAUCCAUGUACCUGGGAGAUUGGCCUUUUGUGUAUUCCAUAUUAAAAGUGGAAAAGCAAUUCCUCCAGCCCUUUGUUGACUCAGCCCUCAGAGGGGAAACCCGGACCUGGACAGGGCAAAGACCAUCCCAGACAUGCGAUAUGAUGUGAGUGGGCGGGGGAGUGAGCCAGAGUUGUUCAACAGAGCUCCCAGCAUCACCCAGAGGCCCCUCCAGCAUGACAUAAUCACACCCUGAGCAGGGUGCCAGCCAGGCUUCCUCCUGCCCAUGAUGAGCCUUGGAGACACUGUCCCAGGUCACACAGCUGGUAGGGACAGCGGGGCUUCCAGUAGACGUGGCAGGCUUACCCCGGCCCAGCACCUGGGCACCAGCCAACUCUGCCCACCCUGCACCCCCCAGGUCCUGCCCAUACCCUCCUCCUCCCCCAGCCCGGUCCUUCAUGUCAGAGUUCGUGGUGUUGACCCCCUCCCCCCACCCCCGACAUGAGACUCACAGCAGAAGAGAAUGGGAAUGGCAGGCUUCCACUGAGCUGCAUACGUGUAGAGGAAUGUAGAGUGGGCUUCCUUGGUGGGUACUGAGCACCUCGUUGCUGGAGGUCUGCAAGCAGGGAGCCCCUGCAGGAAAUAUCAUGGAGAGGUUUCUUGAUUUGGGUAGGAGCCUCCAAGAUGGCUUGAGCCUGACACAAGUUUACAAACAAACACUGACACCUAUAAUGAAAAAUGCAUUUAUUAAGUGCUUACUGUAUGCCAAGCACUGUGCUAGGUGCUGAGGAUACAAAUAGAAAAGAGGCCAUCCCUGCUCUCACAGAGCUUGAGUUCUAAGGGGGACCCCACCCAUGGGGACCCCUGCCCAGCUCUUCAGGCUGCAGCAGCAAAGCUGAUGGCAAGGCAUUGAGUCAUGGUAAAUCACUCAGUAAUCAGUUGUCAUUUGUACCCUCCCAACAUCUUGCAUCAGCCCUUCUCUCCACCUCCACAGCUGCUUUCUGGCUUCCAUCCCCUCUGAACUAGGCCUCCCCCCACCAGCCUCUGUAAAGCUACCAAAAGCACAGAUCUGACCAUGUCGCCGCCAGACCCAAUAGCCUCCAGCGGCACCUCUAGGAUCAAAUACAAAUUCCUAUGGUGUUCACAAGCUGGCCUUAGCUUCCCUUUCCAACCUUGUUCUGUAUCACUCCUCCCCAAGCAUCUUGUGGUCUGCCAUGAUGCCUGGCCUGCUUCUCAUCUGUGGCAGUCCCAUCUCCACUCCCUCAUACCUAAAAUGCACUUCCUCCUCACCUCUGACUCAGAAUCCCCAGCUUCCUUCAAGUUUACAUAGGUUCUUAAAGUAAAAGUGGGACAACCAUUGUUCAUAGAUGUUAAAAGAUAUUUUUCUCUAUCAAGAACUGGACUGGAUGGCCCUAAGGGACCUUCCAACAGGCCUUAUGUGGGUCCUCUAUCAAGGAUCUUAACCUGGAGCCCAUGAGCUAUUUGUUUAUUUUGAUACAAGGUGUCCCAGAAGUCUCGACUUCUGGACAUUCUGAUUUUGAUCGCUGUAUUUCCAUAGAAUGGGUUUCCUUUCCAAUCCUAUGUAUAGUGUUUGGUGCAUUAAAAACAUCCUUAGAAGACA